CGAUGACCGCCUAUAUUUUGGUGCCCCACUACUGAGAUUGACCCAUCCACUUCAAGUUCUCUGUAACUUUUAUCUCUCACUGUAGAAAAUAAGCGACUCUUUUUUUUUUUCUUUUUUUUUUGGCUGAAAUCGCAACAGUAAACGUUAGAUGUUUCGUUUGCCGAUUUAAAAUCGCGAGAUCACUUGCGCGAUUGAGUUUAGGGCACACAUACCUAUGCUUUCGGUUAUCAUCUGUCCAUUCAGAACAAUGAUGUGAACACACUGAAUCGGCCUUUUAACGGAUUAAAACUCUGCCAGUGGUAUGGCAUUCACGUCUACGGAGGAAACUCCGAGGUCUACGGAGCAAAGUUGAAAAGGGUCAUUUGACUGAAGUGUGGAUCCUCCCUGUCAUGCUCACACACAGCUAUGGUAACUAAAGUAUCCCAGCGACUUUCUGAGUGAACGCAUCGUGCAAUGGGGACUCAGAGAAACGGCUUCAGCAAACGUGAGACUUUCAUUCUCUCUGUUGAUGUGGGAACAACCUCCAUCAGGUGCCAUGUGUACGAUAAGAGCGCCAGUAUCAGGGGGUCCUGCUCCGCGAAGGUGUCCUUACUUUAUCCUCAGCCUGGAUGGGUCGAGAUUGAACCUGAUGAUCUGUGGAAGGGCUUUGUGACUGUAGUCAAAGGAGCAGUUCAAGACGCUGGCUUACAGAUGUGCCAGAUGGAAAGUCUCGGGAUCUCAACCCAGAGGGCAACGUUCAUGACGUGGGACAGAAACACGGGGAAACCGUUUCAUAAUUUCAUCACCUGGCAGGACUUGAGGGCGGCCGAGUUGGUGAGAUCGUGGAACAGGUCCUGCACUAUGAAGACCGUACACGGCGUGAUGAAGACGCUGCACUUCCUCACCAGACAGAAGCGGUUCCUUGCCGCCAGCCUGGUAGUUUUUUCCACCCAGCAUGUGUCUCUGCGUCUUGUCUGGGCCUUGAACAAUAUCCCUCAGUUGCGGCAGGCGGUCGAAAACGGCUCCUGUUAUUUUGGGACCAUAGACACCUGGCUGCUGUACAAACUGACUAAAGGCCUGGUUCAUGCAACUGAUUACUCUAAUGCCAGUGCAACAGCAAUAUUUGAUUCCUAUCAGAUGUGCUGGAGUGGAUUUAUUUGCUCACUUCUCUCUAUACCUCUAUCCAUCCUCCCCAGGGUACAGAACACCAGUCAUAAAUUUGGCACAUGUGAUCCAUCCAUAUUCGGGGUGCCCAUCCCAAUCAUGUCUGUUAUGGCGGACCAACAAGCAGCCAUGUUUGGAGAAUGCUGUUUUGACAUUGGUGAUGUGAAAAUUACUAUGGGCACAGGGACUUUCAUGGACAUCAAUACAGGAAACAAACCACACACGUCUGUAGCCGGCCUUUAUCCUCUGGUGGGCUGGAAGAUCGGUGCUGAUGUUGUGUAUCUGGCUGAAGGUAAUGCCGCUGGAACAGGUGCUGCCAUUAAAUGGGCCCAGGAUCUUGAGCUCUUUUCUGAUGUGAUGGAGACUGAGGCCAUAGCCACUAGUGUGGAAGACUCAGACGGCGUGUAUUUUGUGCCUUCUUUCAGCGGCUUGCAGGCCCCUCUGAAUGAUCCUAAAGCUUGUGCCUCCUUCAUGGGCUUAAAACCAUCCACAACCAAGAGACAUCUAGUCCGAGCUAUUCUGGAGUCUAUAGUGUUCAGGAACAAGCAGCUCUUUGAAGUCAUGCUCAGAGAAACCCGUAUUCCUAUCACUAAAAUCAGGGCAGAUGGAGGUGUUUGCACCAAUAAUUUCAUCAUGCAACUCACAGCUGAUCUGUUGGGACGUAAGAUAGAACGUCCAAGCCACUUUGACAUGUCCUGCCUUGGAGCUGCUUUUGUUGCAGGACUAGGAACAGGCUACUGGAGGAGCCAAGAAGAGCUGAAGAAGCUUUUGACCACUGACCAACAUUUCCUUCCCCGGAGGAGUAAAGCAGACUGGGACAAGGGCAGUCCGUACAGAAGUGUACUGCAGGGCUGGGAGAGGGCUCUUCAGCGCUCUAUGCACUGGUACAGCCAGCCCUGAUUUCCCAGAAUACAAGCUGAUUCUGUAAACUCCUUGUUCAUGCGAACAGGUUUAGGGCGGUUCUCUCUCACACCGAGAAAACACUUGAAAUGUAUGAUUUCCAAUCUGGAUUUGGAAACUCGCUUAUCAACUUAGUUACAGUUUUGCCAAAUCACGAGGGAUUUUACAGAUUUACAUCUUGUUGGUGUAAAUCCAAGUCACCUAGCUGUGAAUCCAGUGGAAUUAUGAUGAUGAGGUGACAGGCUGCAGCACAAUUCUUAAUUCAGACUAAGACCGAUGUAUUGUUAUGAUUUUGCCAAUCAAUACUUUAUUCAUUAGACACUAAAAACCAAUAAGUGCCACUAUCCAACUACUGUUUUUUAUAUAUAUAUAUAUAUAUAUAUAUAUAUAUAUAUAUAUAUAUGAAAAAAUUAAUUUAACUUGCUACGUGCCUUAAUGAGGUGCUUUUGUACAAGAGGUCAUCAGUGAGGUACCUCAGUUACUCAUCUCCCAAAAGAUGAUAUCUCACCCGAAAAGAGUAUUGUAAUUAUGUGUAAUUUGUGUUGUUUACAUAGAUGGGAGUUAAGAAAAAAUUACUGCUCUUUUUAUUUUUUUCAUCAUACACUGUUAACACACACUGUGCAUUCAUUGCAUGUAUGGUAAUUUAUACAAGCAUUUAUUAAUGCUGUUGAAAUUUUCAUGUAAUUUUAGUUGAUAUUUUUGUAUUGCAUAUAUAUAGACUUGGCAUUGUUUUGUUUUUGUUUUUUUUUAAAUCCACUGUAUUUCAUAAUACAUAGAGAAUGCUGCACACAUGGGAAACUUGAUACCCUGAAGUACUAUAUUUUCUAAAGGAUUUUUUAUCAUUAUUUUUUUUUUUUUGCUUUAUGAAUCCAACAUGCUACUUGUUUGUAUGCUAAACAUUAGCAGGGUCACAGUUUGCCACAUCAUACUAUCAACAGUGGCUAAUAAUAGCAUACAUUCAACUGUAGUAAAAAAUGAGUAACUGUGAAAUGGUAUAAUAUCCUAGGCUUUUAUCAGGAUCUUAAUGAGUGAAUGGAGAGAAUAUUUGUAAAGAUAAAUGUAUUAAUAGGUUGUCCAAGAACUCUUAACAUUGUGCCAUGUUUCAUUGUCAGUAUGUAAAAUUAGUUGAUUUUGAUAAAUAUUCAGGUUCAAAUUGUAUGGAUUGUCAUGCAAAUAAAGCAAUGGUUUUCAUUGUGGGGUCAAUGACCUAAUAAACAUUGUAAAAUGCAUGGGUCUAAAAAAUUAAAGCAAUGUUUUAAUGAAAGUGCUGGGACUCCCUAUGUCUUAUAACUGAGUUUGCCGAACAAUGUUAUAAAAUAAUAAAGCCUUUCAAUAAAA